ACACACACACACACACACCCUCACACAGAGAGGACGGACAGGGAAGUGGAGGUAGCAGGUGGACUGUUGUUGCUGCUGCUGCUGCUUGUUUGUUUGUUUAGGGGUCUUUAUUUUAAAUUAUUUUAACCGGCUAACCGUCGACGACACUUUUAAAAAAAGAAGCCCGACAUAGACUCGCUGGGACUCGGACUGAGAGUAACGCAGAGCUCGGUUAGUUGUCGGUAGUUGUAGCUGCUUUUGCUCGGAGAGAGAGAGAGAGAGAGAGAGAGUGUGUGUGUGUGUGAGGUGUAGGUACAGGUGUGUGUGUUUAUUUUCGAGGACAUGCAGGUACCGACAACAACAACAACAACAGACAAGAGGAUGGUCCAGUGUCCCGUCUGCUGUUGACGCUCAUUACUAUCCUGCACUCGGACUCCGAAGUGACCAUGAAGGACACGGGGGAGUCAAAGGACCACCAACUAACUGUUGCAUUGAGGAUCCGACCCCUCAGCGAUGCUGAGCAGGAGGAGGCGGCUGCGAUCGUGGCCCACCGAGUGGACGACCAGAGAGCGGUUGCUGUGCAGCUGUCCACUGACUCACAGCCCAGUUUCAAGCCCGCUGAAUUCACGAUUCAAGUACAGCAAAUAAAAAAGAUGGUGGUUCUGAUGGACCCCAUGGAGGACCCGGACGACAUCCUGCGUGCCAACCGCUCCAGGGAGAAGACGUAUAUGUUCGACGUGGCGUUCGACUACUCAGCCAGUCAGGAGGAGGUGUACCGAGCUACAACCAGAGGGCUGAUCGAGGGCCUCAUAUCAGGCUACAAUGCCACCGUGUUUGCCUACGGACCCACAGGUUGCGGGAAGACAUACACCAUGUUGGGGACAGACAAGGAGCCCGGCAUCUACGUUCGAACGCUCAACGACCUGUUCCGUGCCAUCGAGGAGACCAGCGACGACAUGAUGUAUAGCGUCUCCAUGUCUUAUCUGGAGAUCUACAACGAGAUGAUCCGCGAUCUGCUCAACCCGUCCUCCGGCUUCCUAGACUUGAGAGAAGACUCCAAAGGAGUAAUUCAGGUCGCCGGCAUCACCGAGGUGUCUACCAUCAACGCACAAGAGAUCAUGGAGCUGCUGAUGAAAGGCAACAAGCAGCGCACUCAGGAGCCGACAGCCGCCAAUCAGACGUCGUCCCGCUCCCAUGCCGUGCUGCAGGUGGCCGUCAAGCAGCAGAGCCGGUGUCGAGACGUGCUGCAGGAGGUCCGCUUCGCACGCCUCUUCAUGAUCGACCUCGCCGGCUCCGAGCGAGCAGCACAGACUCAGAAUCGGGGUCAGAGGUUGAAAGAGGGGGCCCACAUCAACCGCUCCCUCCUGGCUCUGGGCAACUGCAUCAACGCCCUGAGUGACAAAAGCGGCACCAAGUACGUCAACUACAGAGACAGCAAGUUGACUCGACUACUGAAGGACUCGCUGGGCGGGAACAGCCGAACGGUCAUGAUAGCCCACAUCAGCCCCGCCUCAGUGGCUUUUGAGGAGUCUCGCAACACGCUGGCAUACGCUGACCGUGCCAAAAGCAUUCGAACACGGGUAAAGAAGAACAUGAUAAAUGUGUCAUACCACAUUGCUCAGUAUACCAACAUCAUCUCUGACCUGCGCUGCGAGAUCCAGCGGCUUAAGAAGAAGAUCGCGGAUCAGGCGAGCCGCCAGCUCAACUCAGACCGAGCUGACAUCCGCCACGUACAGGCGGAGGUCCAGGCCCACUCCACACAGCAGAGUCGGGCGGAGAUGGACCAGCUGAGGGAGCAGCUCCUGGAUGCCUUCCGUCAACAGAUGGAGAUCAGGCGGAGCCUGGUGGAGCUGGAAAACAGCAACAUGGAGAUCCAAAUCGACACCUCCAAACACCUGCUAACCAUUGCAGACUGGGAGCAGGAGCGGAGCAGGCGCAGGAGGAAGUGGCGGGCUGAAAGGCGGAAGGAAAGCGUCAACAAGGACGAAAGCGAGAAGGACUCCGACUCCCCGGAGUCUCCUCCGGACAGCACAGAGACCCAGCAGGUGGUGAUGGCGCGGGAAAACCUGGUCACACUCAUGGCCGAACAGAAAAAGAUCCACAAACAGAAGGCGUUGCUCGAGCGCAGAUUCGUGGAGCUUCGGGAACGGGCUCGGCGCUUAGAGGAGCUGCUGCCCAGGCGAGUGAGCUCGGAGGAGCAGCGCGAGGUCCUGGGCCUCCUCUGUAAGGUCCAUGAGCUGGAGAUCGAGAACGCGGAAAUGCAGUCCCACGCGCUGCUCAAGGACAACGUCAUCCGGCAGAAAAACUUUGUGGUGCAGCGCUUCGAGCAGCACAGACACCUGUGUGACGAGAUCAUACAGCAGCAGAGACAGUUCAUUGACGAUCACAGUCUACUCGUACCUCCACACCUCCAGGAGCUGUAUGACAUGUACAUGAGGGAGCUGGAUGAGAGGAAACUGGACAGAGCCAUGGCCCUGGAUAAGGUGACCACCAGACACCCCAUAAAGGAGGGCUCUCUACCCAAGAUCACCCUGCCUGGCCAGGGUCGCGACAACAUGCAGGACAUGGACUCGGACCAGGAGAGCGUGCGCAACAUGUGCUCCGAUAACAGACGAGGCCAAGCCAAAAUCCGCAGACACACUUUGCCUCCCAUUCUGCCCGAGCCCGAGCUGGACAAUAACAGAGUUUUCAAGAACAGCCCUCAUGCCAGGCAGAUAAAAAACUCGUCCGUGAUGACACCGCCUCCCAUCCACAUUAACGGGAAGGGCAACAGAGAGCUACAGCCGCUCGCUCCCGAGAGCUCUCUAAGCUACAGCCAUCUCAGCCACAGUGUCAGCAGCCACCUGGACUCAUCGCCCGAGAGCAGCGAGGCCGGGGCUGACAUCCCCCUUUCACAGAGUGAGCGGCAGCAGAUCCUAAAGGGAGUCCAGAACAUUGUAGUAAAAGCAGCCCGUCGUCGCUCCAAAGCCCUGGAGGUGGAUGCCCUGCGGUUACCCCCACCUCAGUCUCCCCUGGACCCCAAAAAGCAGAAGAGCAGCCUCUCCUUGAGCGAGGCGCCCCCCAGAGGUUUGCCGGUGCGGCGCGGCAGGCAGCCGAGCCCCGAGCUCAGGCACGCCACCUCGGACGACAACCUGUCCAGCAGCACGGGCGAGGGCCCCGGCCUGCAGGUGACCUGGACGCGCCCGCGCAACCGUCAGGUCGCCGCCAAGAACCAAACCCCCCGCGAAGUGGACUUCGAGGCUCGCCGCAAGAAGAGGCGCUCACGCUCUUUCGAGGUCACUGGUCAAGCACUGCCUCAAACCAAGACAACCACCGCUCAGAGGUUCCGUCCUCUGGACAGCACAUCAGACCCGCACCUCCACAAUAACGGGCAGCCCCAGGCUCCCAUGCUACGCCCCCAGUACAGAGGGGUCCCUCCUCUCGCCAAAGUCAGGGCACCCUACAACAGCCAGCAAAUAGGCUCGAACGCAGAGUCCUCCACAUCCCACAUGAAUAACCUGAAGCGGGGUUCCCAGCUGCGGCAGCCCCAGCCCCUGCUCUACAUCACCACCACAGGCACCGGUGGCCAGCGCACACGCAGACACUGAGCUGUGACUCACAUUUAUCCUCAACACCAGCACUCCCAAACCAGCCGAUCUCCAGACUGGAGAGCUCAGAGCACCCAAACCCACCCCGUUAAAAUGAACAGUCAACCCCUCAGUGACCGACACUUGGCAAGAUUGUGAGACAGUGUGAUGGAGGCUAACCAGACAGUAGCUGGAUACCUCCACCCAGGUCUCCUUUGUGUUUCGUCGUGGACACUGAGCGGCGGCGCUGACAGGCUCUGACACCGACAGACGCCAAAGAUUGCUAGACGUACGUUCUUGUCACGUGUUUCCACGUUUAGCUUGCUUGUCGUGCUGGAUUAUGUGUUAUCGUCAAGUAAGGAUGGUGUGAAGCUCACUGUGAACGCAACACUGUACUAAUGUUUGUGCAUUAUGAGUAUAUACAGUCUGGUAAUUGUCAGUAGUUGUUGUGAAAGCCAGAGGCAGGAACAUCAGGCUAAUGGGGGAUGCUCAGCCUCGAGGGGAAAAUGCUGGUUUUAUUAGGCAAAGGAUAAAAAAGCUGAGAGGAUAUUACACUAAUGUCAAUGUACAAACUGUAUAAUGAGAAAACGGCCUACAGUCGACUUGUUUCAGCAUCCAUUCUUCUUGUCGUGAUGUUGUUUCAAUUGAAUGACGCACAAAAAAAAGAAAAAAAACUUCUUCAUCUUGAUUGUUGUGCACUUCUGGAUUCAAACUCAAUGUUGUGUUCUCACACGGCCCCGGGUCUAUGCCUUUUCUUACCCAAACGUGACUGUUAAACGUCAUGUCUGUCUGUGUAGAUGUAUAGCACCGCGAGUUGCUUUUCAAGAUUAGUCGGCUGCAUUUUUAAUUGAUUUAUUUAACUGUUGCCUUUUUUUUUCUUUUAUGUUGUUGUCGUUGACAUUGUUUUCAUAAUUACUACUUUCUAUGCUUUAUUUUGUACAUUUUUUUUUUAUUGGUACCCAAAUAAAUUCAAAAGAGAUAA